AUGGGAUGUAUUCAACAGAAGGCUCCAAGUCCUGAAAUAUCAAUAAUAAUAUUGAGUCCUCCUCUCUCCAAUUCGCCAUCAAAUGAAUUUACACUGAAACCCUAUCACAAUGAUUAAUACCCUGCUGCUCGUUUGCCUACUAAUACUUCAGAUCAAUCCUUUCAGACCAAAUUCAUCAAACACAAAGGGUUGACUCUAACCAUGAAUGGUACUAAUUAAUAUAAUUAUUUUUAGAUCAGCAAAGGAUCAACUAUUAUCAACACUGUAAUAGUUGCCCAUACUUUUGA